AUGUCAAAACAUGCUCUAAAAAAAACAGAGCACGAGGAACGUGUAUUACGCCGCGCGGCCCGGCCGGCCGCCGCGACUCCAGACGGACGACUGAGACUGUCCGCGACCCGCGCCGCCACCCUGAUCCGCACCGCACCCUCGCGCUACCACCCCCCACCCCCAACUUCGUUACGAGCCACUUGUGAUCGCCGUGCGAUUUUUCCGCCUAAGACAAAUUAG